AUGUACACCUAUAUCCUACUUCUGUACCCACAAAUCACACGGCAUUUCCUCGUAAUCUGCUGUACAUUUUUUAAUACAAAGACUCUAGAUGGAUACCUUCCUCUUCACCUCGGAGUCUCUCAAGAUCCAGAUAGCAAAGUUGCAUGUGAAACCUGCACGAAGACUAAUAUGGUCAUGGUCUUUGGGGAGAUCACAACCAAAGCCAAUGUAAACUAUGAGAAGAUAGUUCGGGAUACCUGCAGAGGUAUUGGGUUCACUUCAGCUGAUGUUGGCCUUGAUGCUGACAACUGCAAGGUCCUCGUUAAUAUUGAGCAACAGAGCCCUGACAUUGCUCAGGGAGUUCACGGUCAUCUCACGAAGAAACCCGAAGAAAUUGGAGCUGGUGACCAAGGGCACAUGUUUGGCUAUGCCACAGAUGAAACACCAGAGCUCAUGCCACUCACUCAUGUCCUUGCCACUAAGCUUGGGGCCAAGCUCACUGAAGUGAGAAAGAACAUGACUUGCCCAUGGCUGAGACCUGAUGGUAAGACCCAAGUUACCAUCGAGUACAAAAAUGAUGGUGGUGCCAUGGUUCCUAUUAGAGUUCACACUGUCCUCAUCUCAACCCAGCAUGAUGAGACUGUUACAAAUGAUCAAAUAGCCAAGGAUUUGAAAGAACAUGCUAAUUGCCUAAUUCCCAACCAUUGUGCCUUCGCUUUGUUACCAAACUGUCUUGUGAAAUUACUGCAUUCGGUUCUAGAACAUGGGCAUAUCUUGGAUUUUGGUAAACUUGCUUGA